UUUUUCCGACAACUUUUGAAGGCAUCUUCUGUCUCGUGUUGUUGUCUGAUGCAGCUAGCUAACGUUAGCCAGGUUGAAUCGGCAAACGUGACCAAAGCGCCUAAAGAAUGAGAAGAGUUACCCUGUUUGUUAACGGGACGUCUAAAAAUGGCAAGGUUGUAGCAGUAUACGGGACCUUGUCCGACUUACUAUCCGUAGCAAGCAGCAAGUUAGGAAUCAAAGCUGCCUCUGUAUACAAUGGAAAGGGUGGUCUCAUAGAUGACAUUGCCCUUAUAAGAGAUGACGACGUGCUUUACGUGUCAGAAGGAGAUCCAUUUGUUGACCCUCAAAAUGAACCCAGAGUCACAUCUGAUCAGCAUGGAGCACACACUGACUGGCUGACCCUUAAUAUUGGUGGUCGACCCUUCACCACCACCAGGAGCACCUUGGUCAGCAAGGAGCCAGAGAGUAUGCUUGCUCAUAUGUUUGGAGAGAAAAAUUUGUGGGGGAACACGCAAGACGAGCAUGGGGCUUACCUGAUCGACCGCAGCCCCGAGUACUUUGAGCCCAUUCUCAACUACUUGAGACACGGUCAGCUCAUUAUCAAUGAAGGCAUAAAUAUACGAGGUGUCCUCGAGGAGGCUCGCUUCUUUGGAAUUGAGCAGCUUGCUGAACAGCUGGAAGUAGCAAUCAAGAACACACAGCCACCAGAGGACCACUCUCCCAUUUCCCGCAAGGAGUUUGUUCGCUUUCUUCUGGCAACCCCCACCAAGUCAGAGCUUCGCUGUCAGGGUCUUAAUUUCAGUGGUGCGGAUCUGUCCCGACUGGAUUUGCGCUACAUCAAUUUCAAGAUGGCUAAUCUCAGCCGCUGCAACCUGACGCAUGCCAACCUGUGCUGUUCCAAUCUGGAGCGGGCCGAUCUGUCUGGAGCCAACCUGGAUGGGGCUAACUUACAAGGAGUGAAGAUGCUUUGUUCCAAUGCAGAGGGAGCUUCUCUCAAAGGAUGCAAUUUUGAAGAUCCAUCUGGCCUGAAGGCCAACCUGGAAGGUGCUAACCUGAAAGGAGUUGAGAUGGAAGGAAGCCAAAUGACCGGCAUCAACCUGCGUGUGGCCACUCUGAAAAAUGCAAAGCUGAAGAACUGCAACCUGCGGGGAGCCACUUUAGCAGGGACCGAUCUCGAGAACUGUGACCUGUCCGGCUGCGAUCUACAAGAAGCCAACCUGAGAGGGUCCAAUGUAAAAGGAGCCAUUUUUGAAGAGAUGCUGACCCCUCUGCACAUGUCACAGAGUGUCAGAUAACUCAGCACUCUCACACACACACACACACACACACACACACACACACACACAC